AUGUACCCUUAUUAUGAAUCAGAUUGGAGUGUUUUACCUCCUGAGGCCAACAGAAGAUUUAACCCAGCCUUUAACAUGGCCACAAUCAAACAAGUUGUUAAUGAGGCCAUCGAAAGAGUACGAAUGCCAACCCCGAUGCGACUUAGAGACCUAAUAAGGCAAAUAAGGGCAGCUCGCACAGCAGCCGAAGAGCGUAGUGUUGUUAAUAAGGAGUGUGCCUAUAUAAGAUCAACUUUUCGCGAAGAAGAUUCAGUGUGGAGAUGCAGAAACAUAGCCAAACUGCUGUACAUACAUAUGUUGGGAUUUCCGGCGCAUUUCGGUCAAUUAGAGUGUUUAAAGUUGAUUGCCAGUUCAAGAUUUACUGAUAAAAGAAUAGGGUAUUUGGGUGCUAUGUUGUUGUUGGAUGAGCGGCAGGAUGUACAUUUAUUAAUCACCAAUAGUCUUAAAAACGAUUUAAAUUCCACCACCCAAUUCGUGGUAGGGUUGGCGUUGUGCACAUUAGGUGCCAUAGCCUCCCCCGAGAUGGCGAGAGAUCUAGCGGGCGAAGUCGAGAGGCUCAUGAAGUCACCUAAUGCCUACAUAAGGAAAAAAGCGGCCCUGUGCGCCUUCCGAAUAAUCAAACGGGUUCCCGAACUGAUGGAAAUAUUUUUGCCGGCGACCAGGAGUUUUCUCUCCGAAAAGAAUCACGGCGUGUUAAUUACAGGAGUGACGUUGAUAACGGAAAUGUGCGAAAAUAGUCCGGAUACUUUAAACCACUUCAAGAAGAUUGUGCCAAACCUUGUGCGCAUCUUGAAAAAUCUUAUAAUGGCUGGUUAUUCGCCGGAGCACGAUGUAUCAGGAGUCAGCGAUCCCUUUUUACAAGUAAAAAUUCUUAAAUUAUUACGCGUCUUGGGUGUUAAUGACGUGGACGCCUCUGAAGCAAUGAACGACAUUUUAGCACAAGUAGCAACCAAUACGGAAACCAGUAAAAAUGUUGGCAAUACAAUUUUGUAUGAGACAGUGUUGUCUAUUAUGGACAUUAAAUCAGAAGGAGGAUUAAGGGUGUUGGCCGUAAACAUCCUGGGCAGAUUCCUACUAAACAACGACAAAAACAUCCGCUACGUGGCGCUGAACACGCUGCUGCGCACCGUGCACGUGGACACCACCGCCGUCCAGCGGCACCGCUCCACCAUCCUGGAGUGCCUCAAGGACCCGGACGUGUCGAUACGGCGGCGCGCGAUGGAGCUGUCGUUCGCGCUCGUCAACUCGCAGAACGUGCGCACGAUGAUCAAGGAGCUGCUGAGCUUCCUCGAGAAGUCCGACGCUGAGUUCAAGGCGCAGUGCUCGUCGAGCAUCGUGUUCAGCGCCGAGAAGUACGCGCCGAACACGAGGUGGCACUUGGACGCGCUGCUGAAGGUGCUAGUCGCCGCCGGCAACUAUCUGCGCGACGACGUGAUCGUCUCCACCAUACAGCUGAUAUCGGAGAGCUCCACUCACCAAGCCUACAUGACGCUGCAGCUCUACAAAGCGUUGUCGGAGGAUUUCGUCAACAGGCAGCCGUUGACUCAGGUUGCCGUGUGGGCCAUAGGGGAGUACGGCGAUCUCCUGCUGCAAGCCCAUCUGGACGACGAUCCCAAUUACAGGGCGCCCACGGAAGACGAAGUGCUGGAUUUGUACCAAAAACUGCUGUGGUCGCCGCAAAACACCGUUGCCACGAGGCAGUACGCCCUUAUGUCGUUGACGAAGCUCAGCACCAGGUUCACCAGUACCAUCAAUAAAAUUCAGCAGAUCAUCAGUUCGUUCUGCUCGAGUUUGCACAUAGAGUUGCAGCAAAGGGGCGUCGAGUAUUCGCAACUUUUCGGCAAAUAUUCUCAUUUGAGGCCGGCGCUCCUGGAAAAAAUGCCUCCGAUGGAGGUUAUCAGGCAGCCUGGCGAUAACAACACCAACGGCGACUUGUUGGAAGAGCCUCUAUCGACGGAGAGCAGUCCGCAACGUAUUGUAAAUAACGAAUCGAACGCAUUGUUAGACCUGCUGGGCGACUCGGACGGCCUCGACCUUGACAUAAUCAAACCCGCGAACACUGUGACGUCGCCGCCCGCGACCAUAUCCAACAACCAAGACCUGCUGGAUCUGCUGGGCCUCGACCCGCUGCCGACGACGGCGCUGGCAGAACCGACCGCCACGACGACGACGACGAUCGAGAACAACAACGGCAUAAGCAACAACAUGCUGCCGAUGACGAUGAACCAGCAGAUCAACUCGAACUUCUUGUCGGGCGAUUUGUUCGCGACGGCGGUAGCGAACGAGGACCUGCCCGCGCUGACGGCGUUCGACAAGGACGGGCUCAAAGUGGUCUUCGCGCUCGAAAAGGCGCCCGACGCCGUCAACUCCAUCACGGUGAACGUCACGGCCACCAACAACACCGUAUCGAGCAUGACUGAGUUUCUGUUCCAAGCAGCUGUUCCUAGGACAUUCCAAUUACAAAUGUUAUCGCCAAGUGGAACGACGAUGCCGCCUAACGGUCAAGUAACCCAAGUAUUAAGAGUGACGAAUCCCAGCAAAAAUGCUUUGAGGAUGAGACUUCGACUAUCCUACACAAUAGAUGGCAACCCUGUGCAGGAGCAAACAGAGGUUAAUAAUUUUCCAUCGGAAAUCUGGGAUUGA